GGUGGUGACCUUUGAGGAUGUGGUUGUGAACUUCAGCCAUGAGGAGUGGACUUUGCUGAGUCCAUCCCAAAAGAACCUCUACAGAGAUGUGAUGGGAGAAACCUUUAGGAACAUGACUGCAAUAGGAGGACUUGGGAAUAUCCAGGAACCUGAAAAAGAAUGCAAAAUUUACUGGAGAUACUUAAGAAAUGACAAGCUAGGGAAAUCCUAUGGACAUACAUCUUGGAAUCAGUGUAAAGAAGUAUUCCCUUGUACUGCAGAAGGUAAUGUGAAUGUGAAAGAAGCAGAAACACACCACAAUAUUCAGAUCCAUGAAAAAUAUUGCAGUGGAGAGAAAUCCUAUGUAUGUCAGCAAUGUGGAAAAGGGUUCAGCAAAUCUGGACAUUGUAAGCAACAUGACAUAAUUCACACUGGAGAGAAACCCUAUGUAUGUAAGAAAUGUGGGAAAGCUUUUAACACACGGGGAGAUUGUAAGAAACAUGAAAGAAUUCACACUGGAGAGAAACCCUAUGUAUGUAAGCAAUGUGGCAAAGCUUUGAACACAAGGGGAUAUUUUAAGAAACAUGAAAGAAUUCACACUGGCGAGAAACCAUAUAUAUGUAAGCAAUGUGGGAAAGCUUUUACCCGACAUGAUUAUUGUAAGCAACAUGAAAGAAUUCACACUGGAGUGAAACCAUAUAUAUGUAAGCAAUGUGGGAAAGCUUUUAACACACAGGCAAGUUGUAAAAUACAUGAAAGAAUUCACACUGGAGAGAAACCCUAUGUAUGUAAGCAAUGUGGGAAAACUUUUAUCACACAUGGACAUUGUAAGAAACAUGAAAGAAUUCACACUGGAGAGAAACCCUACGUAUGUAAGCAAUGUGGCAAAGCUUUUACCACACAGGCAAGUUGUAAAAUACAUGAAAGAAUUCACACUGGAGAGAAACCCUAUGUAUGUAAGCAAUGUGGGAAAGCUUUUAUCACACAUGGACAGUGUAAGGCACAUGAAAUUAUUCACACUGGAGUGAAACCAUAUGUAUGUAAGCAAUGUGGGAAAGCUUUUACCCGACAUAUCUAUUGUAAGCAACAUGAAAGAAUUCACACUGGUGAGAAACCCUAUGUAUGUAAGCAAUGUGGGAAAGCUUUUAUCACACAUGGACAUUGUAAGGCACAUGAAAUAAUUCACACUGGAGUGAAACCAUAUAUAUGUAAGCAAUGUGGGAAAGCCUUUAACACACGGGGAGAUUGUAAGAAACAUGAAAGAAUUCACACUGGAGAGAAACCCUAUGUAUGUAAGCAAUGUGGCAAAGCUUUUAACACACAGGCAAGUUGUAAAAUACAUGAAAGACUUCACACUGGAGAGAAACCCUAUGUAUGUAAGCAAUGUGGCAAAGCUUUUAACACACGGGGAGGUUGUAAGAAACAUGAAAGAAUUCACACUGGAGAGAAACCCUAUGUAUGUAACCAAUGUGGGAAAGAUUUUAACACACAUGGACAGUGUAAGGAACAUGAAAGAAUUCACACUGGUGAGAAACCAUAUGUAUGUAAGCAAUGUGGCAAAGCUUUUAACACACGGGGAGAUUGUAAGAAACAUGAAAAAAUUCACACUGGAGAGAAACCCUAUGUAUAUAACCAAUGUGGGAAAGCUUUUAUCACACAUGGACAUUGUAAGAAACAUGAAAGAAUUCACACUGGAGAGAAACCCUAUGUAUGUAAGCAAUGUGGGAAAGUUUUUACCCAACAUGGACAUUGUAAGCAACAUGAAAGUUCAUAUUCAAGAUAA